AUGGCUUCAAGCGAAGGAAAUUGGAUUGAUGAUAUAAUCAAUGAUUUUAUUCAUUCAUCAAUAUGGUCAUCACCUAUUCAAACAUUUAUUAAUGAAAAUUGUGCUUGUUUUGAUUAUGAUGAUGAUAAUGAACCAUCAUUAUCUUUAAUUGAUGAACAAAAAAAAAUUUAUAAACGAUAUCAAAAAUUAGUUGAUGAAUUAUUAACAAGUCUUAGUGAUGAUCUUAAACUUGAUAGAGAUGAAUUGAAUAAUUCAUGUGAAAAAAAUAAUCCAAUAAUUAUUGAUGAAUCUUAUGAACAAUUAUAUUCAACAAAUAAUCGAGAUUUAUUUAAAGAAAUGAUGAAAAGAAAAAAUUUAAUUCUUCAAUUACAAGCAUUAGUUAGUUUACAAUUAGAAUGUGGUGUUUUAAAACCAUCUGAUACAGAUGAUGAUCGAGUUUUACAAUUAUUAAUACAAGCAACAUCAUCAGCAUCAUCAUCAAAUCAAAGAUCAAUAAAAAAUCCACCAAAGAUUUUACCUAAUUUAAAAGAAAAAGAUACAAAAGAAGUUAGUGUUGAUUGGCAUCGGCAAAUUCAAACAAAAGAAGAGAAGACAAAUCAUGAACCUAAAACGAUUGAUUCAGUUCCAGAUGAUAUUCUUCGUGAAAAAUUACGUGAAUUAACAAUUCAUACAGAAACAUCAUCGAAUAAUGAUGAAUCGGCAUCGGCAAUAUUAUCAAGAAAAAUUUUUCUUAAACAACAACGUGAUUUAAUUAUUAAUAAACAACGUAAUGAACGUGUUCAAGAAUUAGAAAAAGAAACUGCGAAUGCUCGACCACAAUCAGCUGCUAAUGUUGCUAGAAAAGCAAUGGGACAAACAAAUAAUUCGGAAAAACAAAUAUCAAAUGAUGAAUUGGAAAAACGAAGAAUUAUGGCAGCGAAACUUCGACGAGAAGUAGUUGAUAAACAAUAA